AUGGCGGAGCAAUUCGUACCUCAACAGCAACUUCAAUAUACGAUUGAUCGCUAUCUCGAUAAUUUCAAGAAAAUCGGUAGGAACAAUCUAACACCAGCUAAGGUGCGUUCCAGGAUUUCCCAGCUCGAAAAGAUCUGGACUCAAUAUUUCAACGGACAUACAGAACUGUCGCAGAAAAUCCCGGAAGCAACUAGGUCGUCUCUCAUCUACUUCAAGGAAAAACACUACGACGCGACCUACGCAGUCUAUCAAAACGCUCUGGACCACAUGGCAGAAAUCCUGGAGGAAAUGGAGCCAGUCGUGAGUCCAAAUCCAUCUCUGUCCUCGACAAGGCUGCACGCGGACGCGUCCGCGUUUUCGUUAUCGCAUCUUCCGCCUAUAAAAUUACCUCCGUUCGACGGUAAUUAUGACGAAUGGGAGCAAUUUCGCGAUCGAUUUACGACGCUAAUUCGAAACAACACCGAGUUAACUGACUUUGCGCGCAUGCAUUUUUUAUCAUCGUGUCUGAAAGGUAGCGCGCUGGAAUGUAUCGCGAAUAUUUCUAUAACGGCCGCUAAUUUUGAAAUAGCGUGGAAAGCCUUGACCUCGCGGUACGAAGACAAAAAGCGGUCGAUAAACAAACAUCUUUCGACAUUACUCAAUUUAUCGACCAUCUCGCGCGAAUCUGCUACCAAGAUGCAGACCUUAUACCAGUGCUCGGAUUUAGUUGCACAUUUCAGCCCGAUUCCGUGGCUCACGCCUAUUGCCCCCAACUCAUCGCUCGUGCGUUAG